UCGCGCUGUCUACGAAAUCAUAGAAAUUUUUAUUUUUUAUUUUUAUUAUUUUUAUUCUCUUAUGAAUUGACAAGAGUUUACGAGUUCGGCGAUGAAGUUUCAGAGACCGCGCAACAUUGAGAUCUUAUUGCAAUACUUGAAACUUUUUCUCUCCUCUCGCUACAUUUCGUCACAUCCUACAUCCACCAUGACUACUUCUUCGGAAGAUGUUCUCAUGCAAGUUGGCCAAGUGCGUUAUAAGAAAGGCGAUGGAACUCUGUAUGUCAUGAAUGAACGAAUAGCUUGGAUGCUGGAUAAUAGAGAUACAGUGUCGGUUAGUCAUAAAUACGCUGAUAUAAAAUUACAAAAAAUAUCACCGGACGGAAAGUCAAAGAUACAACUCCAAUUAGUUCUUCAUGAUGGCACGUCAUCGACUUUUCACUUUGUCAAUAAAAAUGGCCAAGAAGCUCAGGUCAAAGAUCGAGAUGAUGUCAAAGAAUUGCUCCAACAAUUAUUGCCCAAAUUCAAAAGAAAAGUCAACAAGGAAUUGGAAGAGAAAAACAAACUGCUACUGGAAAAUCCGACACUGCUGCAACUGUAUCGAGAUCUUGUAAUAACUCAAGUCAUAACAUCCGAAGAAUUUUGGAGUCAACACGCAGCUGCUUAUACUCAGGCAAAGAAUAGUCAGCGCCAAGAGAUCGGUGUGAACAGUGCCUUUCUUGCUGAUAUAAAGCCUCAGACUGAUGGUUGCAACGGUCUCAAAUAUAAUCUUACUCCCGACAUAAUGGAAUGUAUAUUCAAAACUUAUCCGGCGGUGAAAAGAAAACAUCAGGAGAACGUGCCUCACAAAAUGUCGGAAUCCGACUUCUGGACCAAGUUCUUUCAGUCACAUUAUUUUCAUCGAGAUCGUAUAAACGCCGGGACCAAAGAUCUAUUUACCGAGUGUGCCAAGAUUGACGAUCAGGAGCUCAAAAGGGAUAUACAAACUGGUAUAAAUGAUCCACUCCUCGAUAUAACUUCUUUCGAAGAUGUUGUGGUGGAUGACAAUCUUUGCACGGAAUCUGGAAGUACUGAUAAAAAGUCGGACCACAAUAUACAUCAGAGUAUGAUAAAGCGCUUCAAUCAACACAGCAUUAUGGUUUUGAAAGCGAGUACUGCCAAAAGACAGGAAACCAAAACAUCUCCACCUCAGCUCAAUGGUUCAGCAUCUUGUGCUAACAAAAAUCCAUCACCGAUCACAAAUCGAACAGAUGAUCAACCAAAGAAUAAAAAACUUAGGAUACAAGAGAAGUUGGUUUACGACGAUCUGGACGGGAGCAGUGAGACAAAAACAAACGUCAGUGCACCACUUAACUUGACUCAUGUAGACAGGUAUUUGCAUGGUCCUGUACCCGGUACGAUUGCCACCGAAUUAACCUCCGAGGAAAUGCAAAGUACACUGAUGCAUCUAAAACGCGAGUCAGUGAAUUGGAUAAACGGUAAUAACCUACCAAGACAACCAUCCAGUUCGUUAGUCAGCUCGUCCGCUGCGGUUUCUGCACUUGGUGAAUUAACACCCGGUGGGGCUCUCAUGAAAGGGUUCCGCGAGGACAAUGUUGGUCAAUUGAUACCAAAGGACUUGGAAAAAGAACUCCGUAAUGUGUAUGUUUGCACGUGUGAGUUACUGAGUCAUUUCUGGCGGAGUUUUCCACCGACGACACCUCAACUGGAGGAAAAAGCAGUGAGGAUGCACGAUGCAUUGCACAGGUUUCAUUCAGCCAGGCUAAAACCUUUUGAGGAUCGUGUACAGCGAGAAUUUUCGGCGGUGUCCCAACACCUUACGAGCCAUUUGAAUCAGCUGUUGAAUACGGCAUACAGAAAAUUCGCUGUGUGGCAACAACGAAAGUUACAAAUGAGGUAGCCAAGGCUUGAUGUCAACGGCUUAGUCGGAGCUACGUAAUGUAAAAGGUCAAUGGAAUUGCCCAUUGAGCCGAUACCGGAGCAAUAUCAACGGCCCUACCAUGAAUUGCUCUGCUGUUUAUUUGUCUUUGUAAAACGUUACCGUAACCGGAAAUCUUUCCGAGAAUGACCCACCCGUCUAACUCCACCCUUUCAUAAAAGUUCCGCACCAAAACCAAAGUGGAAUCAAGCAAUCAAAACGCUUUCUCGAUGAUUUUCUGUCAGCAGCGUAAACCAUUUAUUUAUUCGUUUUUCUCUCAUCGCCGAUGGAAAAGAUACAUUGCUGUGGUGGAAGAGCAUUUUUUCAAUCGUUCACCAGUGACAAUUGCCGCGAUUGUGCGAAUUCCGAGACUUAUGUCGUUUAUUUAUUAUUAUUACGUUUUUCAAUAACGAAAAUAGGUAGUUCGUUCGACGAAUAAAGUUUCAUUGAGUCGACGGACGAACCUUUAAAGUGCCACGCGACCAAUGGAGUCAAGGGAUAUUAAAAAAUGACCCAUCGAGCCACUGAGAAGUCAGUCAUGAACACUGCCCUUGUUCAAGGAAAUAUGAAACGAGAAAAAAAACAUUGGGAACGUACUGAUUCGAUUGUUUACGAAAAAUGAACGAUCAAUACGCAACUACAUCGAUAUCCAGAAGUCGCGAUUAUCGUGACGAACUCAACUAAGUGUCUUAACGUUGUAUUCCUAUUUUUUAAAUUUGCCAUUCACAAAUCAAACUCGUGAAUAUUAUCAAUUACACGAAAAGAAAAAAAAAAAAUUAAGAAUACAGCCGCAUUAUCCGUAAUAUCCAAGUUUUAUCAUUAUUUUCUAUUAUUCGUUAUUGAUAAUAUAUUUAUAAUAAAUGGCAUUAGACAUUUACCGUAAUAAUGUUCGAUAAUAAUAAAUAAUGACGUUACUUUGCGAUUGCGAACGAUGCGGCUGCUGAAUUUAUUCAGCAUGGUUCUACCGAUCUUAGAUACGGUACACUCUCCUAAUUCUGUCUCAAAUAAAUGAAAAUAUAAAUCAA